AUGGCGGCGGCGGCGGCGGCUGCGAGAGCUGUGUCUGUGGGCCCUGGGCUCCGGGGCCUGCAGCGGACACUACCUCUCGUAGUGAUUCUCGGGGCCACGGGCACCGGCAAAUCCACCCUGGCGUUACAGCUCGGCCAGCGGCUCGGUGGAGAGAUCGUCAGCGCUGACUCUAUGCAGGUUUAUGAAGGUCUCGACAUCAUCACGAAUAAGGUUUCUGCCCAAGAGCAGAGGCUGUGCCAGCACCACAUGAUCAGCUUUGUGGAUCCUCUCGUGACGAAUUACACAGUGGUGGACUUCAGGAACAAAGCAACUGCUCUGAUUGAAGAUAUAUUUGCCCGAGAUAAAAUUCCUAUUGUCGUGGGAGGAACCAAUUAUUACAUCGAAUCUCUGCUCUGGAAAGUUCUCGUCAAUGCUAAGCCGCAGGAGAUGGGCACUGAAAAAGUGAUCGACCGAAAAGGCGAGCUUGAAAAGGAGGAUGGCCAUGUUCUCCACAAACGCCUAAGCCAGGUUGACCCGGAAAUGGCUGCCAAGCUGCACCCACAUGACAAGCGCAAAGUGGCCAGGAGCCUGCAAGUGUUUGAGGAAAUGGGGAUCUCUCAUAGUGAAUUUCUUCAUCGUCAACAUGCGGAGGAAGGCGGUGGUCCCCUUGGAGGCCCUCUGAAGUUCCCUAACCCAUGCAUCCUCUGGCUUCAUGCGGAACAGACAGUUCUAGAUGAGCGCUUGGAUAAGAGGGUGGAUAACAUGCUUGCUGCUGGUCUCUUGGAUGAACUAAGAGAUUUUCACAAACGCUAUAAUGAGAAGAAAGUUGCAGAAAAUAGCCAGGACUAUCAGCAUGGUAUCUUCCAAUCAAUUGGCUUCAAGGAAUUUCAUGAGUACCUGAUCACUGAAGGAAAAUGCGCACCAGAGAUUAGAAACCAGCUUCUAAAGAAAGGCAUUGAGGCUCUGAAACAAGUGACUAAGAGAUAUGCUCGGAAGCAAAACCGAUGGGUUAAAAACCGUUUUUUGAGCAGACCUGGUACCAGUGUCCCCCCAGUAUAUGGCUUAGAAGUAUCUGAUGUCUCGAAGUGGGAGGAGUCUGUUCUUGAACCUGCGCUUGAAAUUGUUCAAAGUUUCAUCCAGGGCCACAAACCUGCAGCCACUCCAGUAAAGAUGCCAAGCAGUGAAACUGAGAACAAGAGAAGUUAUCAUAUGUGUGAGCUCUGUGAUCGGAUCAUCAUUGGGGACCGUGAAUGGGCAGCACAUAUGAAAUCCAAGUCCCACUUGCACCAACUGAAGAAAAGAAGAAGGCUGGACUCAGAUGCCGUCACCACCGUAGAAAGUCAGAGUGUUUCCCCAGACCAUGACAAAGAGCUUAAAGAAAAGGAAUCUCUUGGGCAGAAUGAUAAAGAGCUGAAAGCCAGCUUUUGAGGGACUUGUCCAGUGACCUUUGCGAAGGUGGCAAGAGUCCAGUUCUUUCAUUCAGUGCUGUGGCUUUAAAGUCUCACGUUCUCUGCCCUGGAAACAGUAGGUCUUCUUAGCUCCUUGUGUGGCUGAUGUGUCUGGUCUGGUAAUGAUGAGUUCGGGAAAGGAGGUUUUUUUUUCUUUUAAUCUUUAGAGGUUCUAUUUUUAAAAGAGGCACAGAUUGCACUUUUUAACAUUUGAUCUUCUUGGUGAUAACUACUGGAAUUCACUGUUUCCCUUUAAAAAAUGUUUUAUGUCCUUGACUCUGGCUGUAAAUACCUAAUUUCCAGACACUUUUAUAGCUGACUGAGUUAUUGUGAGCCACAGUUCCGGAGUUCUGGAUGGGAGUGAAUGGCAGGAAAGGGAUGAGCCCCAGUGAGAUAACCAAGUGAACCAAACCAGUUUCAGGAAUUUCGUGAAGAAGCAGAGAAUCAGACUGAGGUGGUUGGGACUUAAAAUCUGAAGACUUUGACAUUUGUUGAGCUCCUCCUGUGUGAUAAUCACUGGUAUAUUCCUAUUGAGUUAGGAAUCUAUUUUUAUUAAAAGUUA